GCAAACCGCUUAUUCGGAAAAUAGAAACUAUGUAGAAUAGAAAGAGAACAUUCUCCUUCGGUUAAACACGGAUAACGGGAUAAGAUCAAAAUCUUGACAAAAUAUUUUCUAUUCGAAUAUCUCAUUGAAGUUAUUGGGGAUUCUGUGAAAUAUAAAGUUUAAUAAAGGUAAAUUUAAACUUCACGACGGAAAUGGUUAUUUGUUAUGGCACUUAAAGUUUAUGGAGAAAUAAUCAUUAAUGAAGUUUGAUGAAAUGAAAAAAUGGCAACGUUGUUAAAUGACGAUGAAAAACGAUGGUGUGUUUAUGGAAUCGUACUUAAUCAUGUUUUGAUCCCAGCUGUUCGACCUUACCUGGAAAAUAAUAUUUUAAAUGAGUAUGAUGGACUAAAGCAAUCUCAUAAGAUUGAUGUUCAAACAGCUCACAACUUUCCUUCACCAAAAUAUUCCCCCCACGAUCUACAUUAUAAAAAUAUCAACAAUAAUGAAACAAAGGAUAAGAAGAAAUUUAACUAUGAAGUUAAGUCACAUGUCGAUUUUGGAAAACUUUUCCUUCUUAGUCACAUGGCAAAGUUUAACAGUUACGACAGUUGUGACGCAUCAGCAGUGCUUAAUUUACUAGAAAGGAUCCAAAUUUUUUCCAACCUGGUCCAAAAUGCGGCAAAAAUCGUUAGAGAAAAUAGAAAUUCUUGGGGUCACUGCAAUUUUAAAGAAUGGAACGAAACAGAUUUUCAAAAGAAAAUCGACAAUAUGAAGAAACUUGUGAAAGAAUUGUGUUUAGCAACUGAAGAUGAAGUUUUGAAUGUUAUAAAUCAUUGGAAAGAUCAAGCUUUGACAUUGUGGACAAACGAUCGUACUUUAUGUGAAGAGUUAAAAGAUCACAUUAACAGACUUUUAAAAGAAGUUGAAGAAACGAAAUUUGAAAACGAAGAGUACAAAAAGUUAGCGCAAGAGACGCUUGACAAAUUUUCGAAUUGCAUUGAAGAAAUGGAUCAGUUGAAAAGACGUGUUGAUAAAGUUGAAGACAAAUUUGAGAAAGUUGAAGGCAAAGUUGAGAAAGUUGAAGACAAAGUUGAGAAAGUUGAAGACAAAGUUGAGAAAGUUGAAGACAAAGUUGAGAAAGUUGAAGACAAAGUUGAGAAAGUUGAAGACAAAGUUGAGAAAGUUGAAGACAAAGUUGAGAAAGUUGAAGACACAGUUGAUCAACUUCAUCAAAGCAAAAUUAAUGAUUUCGCCAUUUGUGACAGCGAUAUCAAUUUACACUACCGAAAAUUCGAUCAAAAAACAAGAAAAUGGUUGAUCAACGAUUUCUCUACUUGGUUCGAUGAACCUGGAGAAUCAAGAGCUUUUGUAUUUAUGGGAGAUGCUGGAGUUGGUAAAACAGUUAUGUCAGCUGCUAUCGCUCAACGCGCUAAGGAUGAUGGGAAGUUAGGAGCAGCAUUCUUUUGUAGACAUUAUGAUGGUACACGUCGUGAUCCAAGAUCUCUCCUGGCCAGUGUUGCUUAUCAGUUAGUUAAACGUGGACAAGAUUCAUUGCUUAGCAUUCUCUCCUGACGACAAAUGGAUAUUUUUUGGGACAUUAAGAUUCUGGUUUUCCGUAGAAGAGAGAAUGACAGUUGAGAAAACUCAAUUUCCACAAACUGAUAUAUUUUAUAACUGGGCUUCUUUUGUUGAACAUGAACAUGUAAAUUACAUAGCGGUAAGAGCGGAAAAUGUGGAAUGUCGACCUGAUGAUGAAUGUAUAUUUUCAGUCACUCCUGAGAAAUAUCCCACUUCUUCCAAACACCAAAUCUGGGAUGUCAAAACAGGGGAUCAUGUGUUCAAGCUCAUGUGUGAAAGCGAUCUUAACAAUCAAUGGAAACUGAAUUCUUUUUUCUACAUAUGGCAUUUUUUCCCAUAUACUCUUUAUAAAACGUUCCACCUUAUAUUGUCUCCAAAAGAAUUUCUCGAAGAUUACUUGGAAAAUGAUUUUGAUGCAUAUGGAAAAUCUAAUGUAAAAAUCUGCGACCAGAGGAUUUACUUUCAGAAACAUAGGCGCUUCGAGGGAAAUAUGGUUUGGCCAUCUAAUUUGAAUCGUCGUUUUGGGCUUCUCAAAGAUAGAGUAUCGAUUGUCAAGAAAGGCUCCGUUUUCAUUCACAACAUGCCAAUAUCUUUACAUAAUCUGAUUUGGGGCGAUGUAGUUUGUUUGUCUAGUGACAAAAAUUGGUUGCUUCUUAAACAUGAAUGUGAAUUUCAUUUGUACAAUUUUGAUCAUUCUCAAGAUCAUGACGAGGUUGACCUUGAGAACGAUACUGCUGAGACUAGCUAUGAUUGCUUGAAGCUCCAUGGUGUUAUGGAAGGAAAUUCAGAUAUAUUUGGUUUUACGCAUAAUAACAACGCUAUCAUUUACAAAAAUAGAAAAAAUCUUUUCGCUUGGUCUUUGGAUAGCAACGAGCAUUUUGAAAGUGUUUCCACAUUUUCCCCUUUGCUUUGUAUGGACGAGAAAGUUGUAUUUCGAUCGAAUGGCGAAGAAAAAAUGAUUUUUUUACGAGACUUUCCUGCAGAUUUUUUAAACUCAAACUUUCAUAAAGACAACGUAGCCUUUUCCAAGUUAGAGACAUUUGAUGCAAAUAAAUGCGCAUUCUCUUAUGAUGGACUGUAUUUUGUAAAAUGUUCUGAUUCUGAACUUAAAAUUUUUUCCGCCGAUUCCUCUUUCUCCACUUCUGAAAUAGUUCAUAAACUGAAGAAUGGUGAAUCAGAUUUCCAUUUUGUGUUGUUUUCUCCAGACUCGUCCUUGAUUCUAUUUUGCACCAAUAACAAGAAUUCUCGUCGUCAAACAAUUUACGUCUGGUUUGUGAAA